AUGUUUGUAACGACUUUUUCAAAGAGAAGCUUAGGUAUAAGACUUUACCACUCAAUAUAUCAUGUUAAUCCUGCGAUUGUUGAUUUGAGUAAACCUGAAAAUCUGCUUCUUGAAAAAGCAUAUACUCAGUACGUCCCCAAGCAUGGAUUCUCCAACAAAAGUAUUGAGUUGGCCUCCAGUGACAUGGGUUUGAAUUCAAACACACCUAAUGCAUUGUUUAAUUUUACAACUGACUCAAGAAACAUCAAUAUGGAAUUGAUUUUGUUUCAUUUAAAAAAAUCCAGACAAGAGCUGCAACAUGUAUCACUCGAAGGAUCUGAAUUUGAUAAAUUGAGGAUAUUGUUGCAUAAGAGGCUGCAAUUGAAUACACCAAUAGCUAGACAUUUGCCUGCUAUGCUUGGCACAAUGAUUCUUCCAUCUAACGUAUUGCAAUCCUUGAAAGAAUUGCACAAUUUAUCUGAUGAUAUCUCAUAUUAUGCUGGUGACAGAUCGAUUGACUUUGCUUGGUAUAGCAAGAGAAUGUCCAUCAGCCAACUGUUUGUUUUAUCUGAACUAUUCAUGGUCAACGAUACCAGUGCAGGAUAUCAAGACACUUACAAGUUUGUGGACAAUAAACUCAAGGAAAUCCUUACUGCGGGCUAUAUAUACAAUUCCGUUGAAGAAUGGACCUUCUUCAAUGCUGUCAGUUUAGUCAACAUAAUCAAGAGCCAAUUAGCAAGGGGUUAA